AUGAGCCCUGCCUCGACCUCAUCUUCCGCGUACAACCUUUCUGCCAUGGACUCAUCCGACGACAAGCUCUAUACCCACCUCCCGAAGCUGCAAAGCGAAGGGGAGAACUUCGUCACCUGGAAGGCCGAGCUUCGGUCGGCCAUCACCGGCAAGGGUCUGUUACGCUACAUAGAUGGUCGAGCUUCCGUGCCGGUCGAACCGUCACGGCCCGCCGAGGCUGACCCCAAGUCGAAGUCCUACGACGCGGAUGCGGCUAAGAAGUUCCAGAAGGAGUACUACUCCUGGGAGCUCGCUUGCGAUAGUCAUGCUCAGCACACGGAGAAAGUGAAGACGCUCCUCUACUCCACUAUUCCCGAGACGCUUAAGCUCACCAUCAUCGGUCUCGAUUCCGCCGCGGACGCCUGGAAGGCCAUCUGUGACGAGUUUCAGGACCUCGGAGAUCUGCCGCAGCAGAGUCUUCUCGAUCGCAUGCAUGCUCUUCGCUGCGACGAGAACGGCGAUCCCCGAACCACCCUCGACGAGCUCGCAAAGCUCAAGGCACAAUAUGCCGACACAUACGCGUUCACGGUUGGCGCCGAUUUUGCAGAAGUCGCCAAGGUCAACCUCCCCGCACGCGGAUUUACGCGCAUCCUCGACUCCGGUGCUAGCCGCCACUUCGAUCCUGUUCAGACGAACUUCUCAACCUUCCGUGAUAUUCCGCCGAAGCCAAUCACCUCCGCCGAUGGCAAGCGCUUCUUCGCUACCGGUGAGGGUGACGUUCCGAUCUCC